CGUCCUCGUUCACCCUGGUGAACUUCACGGAGUUUUCAUGUUGUGCCACAGUGGCAUCUGUCCUGACUUAACUUUGUUUUGACAUGUUAUUUAAACGCCAAAAGUUAGUCUUAAACGUUUAAAACACCGCAGCAGACGGGGGUGGAGUAAUCUGCGUGUGUAGCUAUCUGAUGCUAACUCCGAGCUAACUCCGGCCCGAGGACAGACUGAAGCUAACCACGCAGGAGGUGGGGAGUCGUGUUUCAGAGGAGUCAGAUUCAACGUUUAUCUACAGCCAUGUUGAACGUUUGAUGAUGACGGUGAAGCCAUGAAUUCCAGACAUGUAGAUGCCUGAGCAGGUCCACGGUGGCUUCAGUCGUGUCCUGCAGGAAGGCCGUUGAACUGUGUCCCCACACCCUCAGGUGUGUUCCAGUCCUUCUGAACAGGUGAAUCUGAACUGCGUGCCUCUGAGGGAGCGUGAUGGGUGUGGCCGGAAGGACCGUGGCCUGGCUUCGCUCGUGGGGGGGCGGCCUGUCGGCCAGCCCUACAACGAUGAGACCCGAGCAACCCGGGGGCCGUGCUGGGUGGAGCUCCUGGAUCUGGGGCGGCUGGAGGCGGCGGAGCGACCUGGUAGACGAAUUCUGGGAGGCGCAGGAGAAGCUUCCACCGGUGGAAGUCAAGGAUGUGGCGGUGCUUAAACGAGGCCCAGAAGAGCAACCUCCAGCUUCCAGGUGGUGGGGCAGAUUCCUCCCAACUCUGCAUUUUUGGCCUGGACCUGUACCGAGACGUAGGAACGUCAAUCUUGGGAGCGAGUGCGACGUGGACGGAGACUGCUCCGACUACGGAACGCCUCCCCCGUCUCCGACCCCUGCCCACUCCGUGCUGUCGUCUCCUUUCCGCCUCUUCGCUCGCAGCUGGGCGGUGGACAUCGUCCCGGAGCAUUACGAGAUCUGCUUCAACUUCCUCCGUCACCUGUUCGACCUGUGCGUGGUGGCCUUCCUGUGGACCGUCUCUCCGCCCACCAAGCUGGUCCUGGAGGUGUUGGGGCUCCAGGGCUCGCUGAAGCUCUGGUUCCACGGCAUGGCCAUGUUCCUGGUGUCCACGGUGGGGAUGGGGGGGCUGCUCUGGCUCAUCCAGGAGUACCUGGCCCAGUUUGCGCUGGUCUACGGCAUCGUUCAGGCCUUGGUGAUCUCCGUCAGUGUCCAACAGAGUGUCAUCCUCGGCGUGGAUGAAGGAAAUCAUGAUGACAACGAUGAGAUGAAGAAGACUGAUGAGAUAAUCGACACUACAAGACAGACAGAAGAGCUUUCAUCUCUCUAGGCUCUUUAGGACCAAGAUCUGAAAUCAUAACUCCAGGAGGAAACCUGCAACCAAGAAGAUCUCACUUUUGUUCUUGUUACACUUUAUAUUUAGAUUUUUAUACUCGUGGUUUGGGUUUAUUUUCACGUGGUUGCCACAAAUGUUUAUAAGCGGUCAGGAAACGGUAAGACGGGCGCGCUGCCGGAUCUGGGGCUUGGAUCUGGUCUCCAGUCAGAUUGGAUCCUGAAACAAAAAGAAGCCUGAAGCAGCAGGAGAAAAACCGCUGGACAGAAGUUCAAACCGAGACACUCCAAACUUCACUCCAACAAACGGAAACCUUCUCCAAAGUCUCCUCAGCUCCUGGUGGCUCACAGAUGUGUUUGAGUCUGAGGAGCUGAACCUUCAAUCAUUAGUAGGUGGAAGGAUCAUGUGGCCUAGUUUUAGUCAAAUGGUUUUGAUCAUUUGAUUAACGAAAAUGAACACUAUUUUACUAUUCUAGAUGUCAGUGUUUAUUCAGACUGAACGGAUGAAUCCUGACCCUGCAGCCUUCAUGGGGGGGCUGUAUAUACACAACACAUUAAAACAGGGGUCUCUUACAUUUGUUUUACAAGUUUUUCAAUUGUCCUUGGAAAAUUUGCACUUUCAGUCCUUUUUUUUUAAGUUUUUGUCUCAUCUCAACUAUAACUCCUGUUUUCAUUGACUACUUAAUGUCACAAUGUUUUUUUCCAAAGUAGUUUUUAAAGUUUUUUUCCUGAGUUUCAAAGUCAAAUUCUCAUUCUUCAUUUAAUUUGCAUAUGUAUAUGUUAACAAUGUGUUUAAUCAAAAGUACAACUUGUCUCACCUGCAGAUUUGCAAGGACUUUCCUUUUUUACUUAAAAACUGAAAUGUUUUUUUUCCUUCCAAUCUUGUAAUUGUUGUCCUUUCCUGGACCUAAUUGGCACGAAGAUGCCGCUGUGGAAGCUGGGUGACCUUGGGAUGAAUAAUCGCUGCUAAUAAUGGGUUUAUUAAUCCAGCUCAGCGUGAAUCUGAACUCCAUGAAUCAAACCUGUGUUCUGAAGGUGGAGCAGAGUGAAGCGUCACCACGGAUCAGCUUUCAGGGCUGGAACUGCGCCGUCACACUGGACUUUUACCAAACGGUGGCCCUCAAAGCCUCCAAAAAGCCAGGAAGGGGACACUAUUUGAAAGAUUUCUGUUGUUGGUUCCAUGAUUUUCUUGGAGGGUGAACAUCUGUUGUCACACGCAGAGACAUGAAUGUUGGACAUUCACAGAUGCUGGUAACAGUCUGGUUUAUGUUCAUGUUUUAUACAGGUAGAAGAUGAAUGGUCACAUGGUUUCACAAUACCUUUAACACUAUUUUCUUCAAAUUUCUGCACAGAAAUGUAAAGCAACACUUUGAUGGCUUCAUUUUGAUGUUGGUGUUGGACCUCCGAGUCCGUUAUUCGUUUCUGUCACACUGAAGCUCAACUUUGAAGACUCCACUUUAAGCUGAAACACUAUUGAUUAAAGCUUUCAUUUGA